GUCAACAACAACUGAUUGCAAUGGCCAGAGCACUAGUUCGUGAUUCUAAACUAAUAAUAAUGGAUGAAGCUACUGCAAGUAUAGAUUUCAAAACUGAUCAUCUAAUACAGACCACAAUUAGAGAAGAGUUUAAGAACAGUACUGUUAUCACUAUUGCGCAUAGAUUACGUACUGUCAUGGAUUUUGAUAAAAUGCUGGUUAUGGAUGAUGGAAAUGUAGUGGAAUUCGAUAUUCCAUACUUAUUGAUGCAGAAGCCUAAUGGGUGGUUUAGAGGAAUGUGUGAAAAAAGUGGUGAAUUUACAGAAUUAAUGAAAAUUGCUAAGCAGAAAUAUGAGGAGAUAUCGUU